AUGACGGAUUUGAUAGCACUACAGGAGCCGAAGUUCAAUUGCCGCAAUGCAACAGCUAUGGUGCAGCGCAUUGCAAAUGUAUCCGUGAAAGGUGGAGUCCAGGAUUUCGUGAUCCAGCAGUAUGGAAGUGUGCUCACGUCGCUCUUCGUGUUGAUAAAAGCCAAGUGGAAAGAAAUGGAUGCAAGGCAGAUCAGCGAGCUUGUGUGGUCGUUCGCAAGGCUUGGGAGUGCCAUGCUGACAUUGAGAGCACCACCAAUGGAUCUUAAGACAGUUGGUGAGACGACAAUUGGCAAUGUUGAUGCGGGGGAACUGUUUGUUGAAUUAGUUGAAAUGUCAGAAGAUUAUUGCAAGGAUUUUACGCCCACCGAUGUGUUGAUUUUGGUGCGAGGCAUUGUGGAUAUGCCAUAUCCAAAGGGCUAUGGUACAGCCCAACGCCUCAUUGCUGGGCUGAAAUCGAUCGUCACUGACUUCAACAGUCAGGAUGUUGCUAAUUUAUUGUGGUGCCUGACAAAACCUGAAUUGGGGAGCCAUGAUGAUCUGUUGGUGGACGUUGUGAAGCACGCAGAAACGUUAGUCCGAGAAUUCACACCCCAGGGAGUUGCCAACACAGCAUGGGCGCUGGCAAAGCUUCAAUGUCAGGAAUGUGAAACACUGCUUGCGGUCAUCACAACCACAGUGGAGGACAACCUUGAGGGCUUCAAGCCCCAGGAGGUUGCAAACCUGGCGUGGGCCAUGGCCCGCUUAAUGUACCUCCCAAGGCCCAAAUUCUUGUCAAGGCUGGCCGACCUGGGCGCGGAUCGGCUGAGGCUCUUCAAUUUCCAGGAAACUUGCAACCUCUUGUUUGCUUUCUCAGUCUUUGCAUUUCAGGAUCCAGGGUUUUUGGCAGCGUGUCGAGCGAAAUUCCUUGGGGCCGGCAGCGAUGUGGGUUUGCGGGAUGCGAUGUCAGCAGUCGCAUCUUUUGCAGUGCUGGACUGUUUGGACGAUGACAUCAUGUCCUGGGCGAUUCAAAGGGCAGACGACCACGGUUUCGAGAACAUGAACGCUUCCCAGAGGCGGCAACUCUACCAAGGCGUCCUCCACAUGCGACUCAUGCAGCCUGACGCACAAGCUGUUGCCCAAAUGCCUGUCGAGGUGGAUGUCACCUGCAGGGCGUCGUGGCUGGAUGAGGAGGAGAGAUACGAACCCACCGGCACCACUGCGGAAGUGCUGCAAGCAGCUCAGCGUGGCGACCUCGGCGAGUGCUGCUCUCAGGCCGCCUUUGGGCCUGAGUCCGCAUUCUGUGGCAGCACACUGUCGACAAAGGAUGGGACUACCUUUGUGCUAGGGACAGGGGACUAUUUGCGCUUCCGUAACAUGCCCAAGAUGGCCACUGGGCAGAUGAAAUGGAGGGAGAAGAUGCUGGCGACGAGCGGGCUGUUCGUUUUGAGGGUGGAUCCCAACGAGUGGGGUGCAAUGAAUUCUGAAGAGCGGAAAGUCGCUUACUUGAGGAGGAAACUGUGA